CACGGACUAUGAUUUUGUCUUGAAAAGCGACUCGACCUCACACUUAAAUCUCAAGACAAGGUCUUUGCAGUCGGAAUCCGAAGAGUUUCUUUCGGAGUCUGAAUCAAACAGAGCUCCCAGAGUAGACGCUAUCCUGCCAGUGUCGGAAAAGUCGGUGAACUCUUUUAGAAAUAGCCCCACAACAGAACAGUCAAUGCCUAGUGAGCGAACUGUGUCGACCCUGAUUAGUAGAGAUUCGCGAUCGUCUCUGACUCAACAUUCAAACGAUGGGAGCCUCGACCAACCGAACAAUGCGAAUUUGGGUACAAAUCUCAUUGUCGAACACACACCGAACAGUCAUUCGCCAAAAGUCAGCCAAUUAAAUUUAAAUUAUAAAGAACUAACAGAUAAGUUGUCACAGUUCAAUGAAUCGAAUCAAUCCCGCGUAACAUCGAUCGUCACAUCAUCAGGUGUCAGAGUCCAAAUAUUCAAAGACAGUCAUUCUCAUACGCAUUACAACGGUAACAUCAACACGGAAUGUUCAGGUAAAUUGAAUUUGAUAAGUGAGAAAGCCUUAACGCAAGCGAAUGUUAUAUUGACAACACCGUUUAAUUCUUUAGCUUCCGUUUCAGAAUGUAACCAAUGUGUUCUUCCUACUUCUUCUAUAACAAAAACUGAAUUUCAAAACGUCAAACAAUUACAAACUCCAAAUCAAGGAGACAAAGACAAGAGCAACACGAAAUGGUCAUGGAUAAAGCUAC